AUGCCUGGUUGCUAUACCAAGUUUUCCGUCGUUGAAUUUGCUACCCCUUCAAAGCAGCACAAUACUUGUGUUGGACAAUACAACAAUCCUUUAUCAUCUUCCUUAUCUUCCAAUCCUGAAAUGCCACGAAAGAGAGGACGACCAGCCAAGAAUCCAAACAGCUCGUCUGUGAAAAUGAUGAUAACCAAGACUGAAAUGUUCAAUGCUUCCUCCCACUCUUCCUAUUCACAAGCAAAAACUCAAUGUUAUCCUUAUGAGAGUGAGAUUCGUCUCUCAUCUGGAAUUACCAAGCAGAAGAACAAGAAAGCUACAUCUAAUAAUAGCUUGUUAUCUUGUUCCUAUUUACCAUCUGUAGUAUCUGCUACAUUAUCAUCCAAAGUAAGCUCCACAACUCAUAUUAUUCCAGCUGUUCCUGUACUUUUAAACAAUUCAAAUAUUGUUGCUCCUUCCCAUUGUAAUUCACCAUCAUUAUCAUGUUCUUCCUCUAGCUCACUUAAUUCAUUGUUCAAUGCUGAGAACAUUUCACCUUCUCAUCAUUCAAAAUAUUCCACCCCAAAAUAUGUAAAUAAGAGACAAUCAAGUCAUUCACCAAUCUCAUCCACUUCAUCAAAUUGUGUAUCUAAUACUACACAAGAUUUUAUUGAAACAUUAUCAAUACCAACAACAUCCACUCUUGUAAUGCAUAGCAACACUCUUUCAACCAAUAGUCCAACAACAAGGAGAAUAAUUCGUACCUCAAUCUCAAUAAAAGAAUUACUCAAUUGA